AUGUUAAACGAUGAUGUGAAAGAGCUUUGCUCGAUCCUGUAUCACAACUCUUUGACUUCAAUGGGUACAAACGCCUUUUACGCUUUCGUCAUUAUGGCCACGUUCUUGGAAACGGUAUCAGCAAAAGAUAUCAACCUUGAUCCAGAGCAAAUUAUGAGUGAACUUGAUCAUUACGAUAUACAGGACACGCGAGGUGCAUCCUUGGACCCGGACAUCUACGACAGCGUAUUGGAAGAGUUUUCUCGAUUUGUGAGGAACAAUAAUGAAGAAGAACAAGGAAAAGAUGAUUUGCAAAACUACAUCGCUAACCAGAGAGUACCAAUCCAGAUCUUACCCGACUUGACACACAAAAUGGUAAUCAUUCCAAGAGAUGCUUUACACAGAGGAAAACAAAUGGCAAACAAUCGAAAUACUCGUUCUUUACUGCCGUGAACUAUAUUUUAGAAAAAAGUGCAAAUAUUUAAAAAAGCUUUAAAAAUAUGGUCUCAUAAUUGUAUUCGUAGACAUUUCGCUUUGUGCAAUCAUGUCCGAGGUAUUUUUUGGUAUCGUUUACUUGUGAGCUUUUUCUCCUCUGUUUAUGGAGCUACUAAGCACUCAU